CCAUAUAUCCUGCAGACUGGGUGCACCAUUGGAAGGCAGAUGAACAGAAGUGCAUAAGAUGCUGCGUGGGUACUGGGAGGCUUGCCUGGUCCUAGACUUCCUUUUACUUUCCGGAUGGUUCCUGGAACCCCAAGUUCAAGGUCAGCCCACAGUGCCUGUGACAACAGCCCUCACUGGCAGCCAGGUCUCCCUGGCUGGCCCCAACCUGCCCAGCAUGUACAAAGAGAUCGCCUGGCUCUUCUCAGCCAACCUUAAGAUCUUGAUUCAGGACUCAACUGGUGUGGUGUUCUUCAAGAACCAUCUGGAGAACCGGGUUAGUCUGGGUACUAACGGUACACUGCACAUCCACUUCCUGAGAAAGAACGAUAGCAGCGUCUACAUCCUGCAGCUACUGAAAAUGGACGGCACUGUGGAGGAGAGGCAGGUGCCCCUGCAAGUGUAUGACCCUGUGCCCACACCUGUCAUCACAGUGCAGAAUCUGCAGCACCGAGGCCCUGGCUGCUUCCUGAACCUGUCCUGCCACGUACCCAGCUCUGAAACCCAUAUCAACUACUCCUGGUUGGGGCCCAAGGGGUUUCUGUCUUCAAACCAUGUGCUAGAGGUCACCACGGACACAUCUGUGUCCUACACCUGCCAGGCCAGAAAUUCUCUGAGCAGCAGUAACAGCACUGUGAGCUUUGCUGCCUGUUCUGAAGAGCACUCCUCAGGACGGCUGGACAUGGCUGCCUGGCUGCUGGUGCUGAAGCCCCUGGUACUCCAGUUCCUGCUGUCCUGAUUGGCCCUACCCAAGUCCAGAUCCACCCACCAGAUGAACAUCAUCAAGUCCUGGGUUCAAGGACCCUGAAGCCCUUCAAACAUUGGCAGAACUGUAGAGUUACAUUGUAUGUGUUGUACAAUACUUUCAUUGUGGUGCCUGAUUGCUCUACUGUCGAUAACUCUCAUGCAUACCCACUGUGAGUACCCCACCCUCCUCCACCCAUUCCAGGAAUCCUUGUACCCAGAAGCUCAGAGCCACUGUCUGACUCUCUAGUUCUGGGAUCAAAGUGAGUUGGUGCAGAAGGCAAGGGCAGGACAUCAGUGUGUCCUUGCAUAAGGUCAACCUGGCUCCCUUCUGGGACCACAAAUCCUUUCCCAGCUCCACUGACUGUGACCCCCAAGUAAAGCCU